AUGUCAAGGAUAACCUCAGCUUUGUUGUGUGCAGCAUCAGCCUCAAGGGCAGCACUUGUGGCGAGUGAGCUGCAGAAACUUGUUCCAGUUCUUAUUCCACUACUCGAUCCGCCUGUUGUGAGGGGGGAGGUGUCCGCGGCACACCUCAUUGCCAUCACCGGACAUACGUCGAGAAGAAACGAUGUGCAUCAGCCUGACUGCCCCGUGCUUAGGCAACUGCUUCCGCUCACUGCGCUGGCUGACCAUAGUGCUUUUCUAAAGCGCCCUUGUCGGUCGUGUCUUAAACGGCGCAUUCAUUUUCUUUCUAGUGAGCACUUCUGUAUGAAUCUUGAGGAGAAGUGCUCACAGGGUGGUGUGAAUGUGCCGGCGGAGUGGGAGAGCAUCGUGGCAACGCAGUUCGGGUCCGUUGUGUGUCUCAUGGAGGAGUUUGUGAUGUAUGCGAAAAACCGGCGGGAACCAGGAUGGACGUGGCUGGUGUAUGACAAGGAACGGUCCGAAAGUCAUCGACUUGUCGUGGUGAACUUUCCCUCUAAUCGUGUCCCGCUGGAGUUGGGACUUUGGCCACUGGCUGUUAUAAAUAUGACCGAGAGCAGGUUACUGUCGGCGAUAGUGGCAAAGGCAACAACGACCGUGGUAGAGUCUCCUCCAGCGCCGUGGUCCCGUGCGGCCCGUAACACGUUCGUGGCAGCAACAGUAACUUCAACUGUAGCAGGGACGACUGCAACAACUGCUAAUACUGUUGGCGACUUAGGUAAGGAUCUUUCCUCUAUUCGUGCGCAGAUUGCCCAGGAGGCCGUGCUAGCGAUGAACUGGGAGUUUGUCCUACAGCAAUGGAGGCAGGCAGAGAGUUACUACACGUCGGUGGAGCGUGAGAACAAGAUCUGCGUUCAUCGCACAAAGAUGGAGCGAGAGGCGGCUCUUGCGGCGAUGAGUAAGCUACGUGACAGUGGAGCCACCAUUCUUACAUCGGACACAGUUGAAAUCACGGUGGCAGGCGGCAACACAGCUGCCAAAAAGGCUUCUCAGGAUCAAACGGUAUCGACGCAGACAACGCAAGAGAAUGGUAAAGAACAAAAAGAAGAAACAGAAGGUGCGGUUGGUGCAGCCGAUCAAGAUCCCCACUGUGUACAACUGGAGGAUGGUACAUGGCAGUACACGUAUCAAAAUGGUGCUGUGACACUCCUGCGGCCUGAUGGCACCAGGGUCUUCAAGAAGAGCGAGCUGAACAUCACGAUUUUUGCGGAUGGCAGUACUCUUUACGAGUACCCGAAUAAUACCUCCAUCCUUGACCGCGUGGAUGGUGUACGCGUGACGACCUUUGCGGAUGGUACAAAGAAAGAAGAGCUGUACAAGUGA